GUACCAUCCAUCACUUUAAUAUGAACCAACAGACCAUUCAACUAUACGGCCAGAUCUUCAUCAAUGACUCCUCCAAAAUCCCUGACUUCUACAAAACCUUCUACUCGACGCUUGUACACUUUGAGAGCUUGAAAUCCACUCUUGUGGCUAAUUUAUCUGCCACCCACCUCGACCUGGAUGCUGACGUCAACCAACAAUUAAUAUCCUUAUUUAAUCAUGGCAUCGCAAUCUUUAAAGAAGUGCUGCAGUACACACCGACACCACUAUCGACGUCCAAUGGCAUGUCUCGGGACCACUUGGAGGAAGACGAUAUCACCAACAUCAAACCCAAGCCCAUGCCGCUACUUUUGAACGCGGUCUUCAAUGACAUGGACGACGAAUUGCGUUUCGAACUCAUAGCAAACGUGCUACGUAUACUCCGCGUGAUCUUGUCCAGUGUGGUCGAGUGCCACAAACAGAGCGAACUUGUGGUGACCGAUAGAAUCGAUUACCUGCUCUUGUUCAGGAUGGUAUACUGGUUUUUGGAACGCCUUGUGCCCAACCUUGAUUUGGAAAAGGUCAACCAGACUCUUUUGGUGAUCAUGAAGGAGAUUGUCUACUUGGUGUAUGACUAUAUGGUAGUGAUCACUGUGCAAAACACAGACAUGUUGAAUGAGUUUCGCAGGUCCAACUAUGCCGACUUGUUGAAUCAAAUCUUGAUCAAAACUCACCCAAAUUUCGCCAAUAACAUCCUUGACACUAGACCUACCGUAAGCUUGUCUACCAAGACCCAAAUCCGCGUGUUUGUGCUGUUGGGGAUAUUAAACAAUGACAACCAGGUACAGAUCAACUAUUCCGACGAAGACAAAUUCGCAGCCUUUUUAAACCAAUUUGAGCCUUUGUUGCAGUACAGCAUCAAAGUGUGUUACGACUACAAUAACGAUUUAACCAAUCAUCAGAUCAUGAACGCAUCGUUUUUCAACUGGAUGACUGCCAAUUUGUUGAACUUCUCCAAUGAAUACUUAAACGACUCGUACAUCCGGAACAUUUACAUCAACAACGACGACAUCGAGUCCUUGUUGAACAUCCGAAUAAAACAGUACCACAACUUUGGCCACGAUUACUUCGAGCUGCUUGAGUUCUUUCCCAUCUCCCUCUAUAUUAACGGGUUUUGCAACCAAGUGGGAUUUUUGGAAAAGUUCCUCGAGACUGACGCGGCUGCGUCCUGGCUCUGUUUAGCAUCCUAUGUGCUAACGUAUCAGUUCAAGUCCAAGAAGUCGGUUCUUGCAACCCGCUUGGUGUUACACAUGUACGACAAGUUUUUGAAGAGCCCUAACAUCUUGUCCGUCACCAUCAACGAGUUCAAAUGGAAACUAUGCCACCAACGAGCACCGAUUUUACCGUUUAAUAAGGCAAACAAUAAGCAUAAACCAUGGGUAUCGUAUAUGCUCGACAACUUGGUGAUACUUCUCCGGUUCAACCUCAACCGAAAACUUAAUGUACCCAAUUUCGUUAAUGCUAUCAAGCUCAUCACGUUAAUUGUUUUGACUCACGUCGAUGAAAACUACCACUAUGAGGACCUCUUCAAAAGCAUGGUCAAUCUCUUGAACUUCAACGAAACUCACUUGAACAGUAGAGAAAUUAGAACAGAACUCCUUCAGCUGUUUGAAAUAGCCUUGGGGAUGUCGAUACGAUCCCAUUUAGUGUAUCACGUUCUCUUGAUGUUUGACAAGUUUGAGCCUCUCAGCCUUGAGGGACUACCGAACUUAACACACCUCAAGACGUUUAUCAUGAGCAAGUUCGACAUUAAAGGAGACGACCCCAGUAAAAUCAAGCUUCUCGACUCGGACUUUGAGUCCCCCGAACUCCAACAAACUAUCAAACAGUUUGGUCCGGUUGCAAAAACAUCUACGUUGGUGCCCAAGGUGAAAAUCGGUCUCAACGAUAUUAUUGUUAACCUAUAGAUAAACUACUCUUUAUAGUGAAUUCCUCUGAAGAAAUCCAUACAGGUGGUAAACACCACCAACAAAAUUCCACCACCAGGACCCAAUCUCAAUACCUUUGGAAUGAACCCCUUGUAUAACGCACCAAACCCUUCUUCUUUCGCAACAGUUACCAAUGAAGGAUAAGUCCAUACAUACUUGGUGGUGGUUCCGGCCUGGAUUCUGGACUUGACCACGUCGAACGGAGUGUUCAUGAUGGUACCAAAAGUACCCCCGAUCGAACCACAGGUCAAGUCAAUCAAAGUCUUUUCUGUACUAGUCUUUGGCUUGGGCAUUAAGCCUCUUACCUGGAAAAUCAACCCAAAGUACCCGGCGUUCCACCAGAUAUGUCUCCACAAUGUCGAUUCCAAUCCCUUGUACAAUCCCAACACCCCAUGGUUCUUGAUGAUAUCUUUGGUGACAUCGGCCAUUCCAUUGAACUUGGUGGUUUUGUCCUGUAAUCUGAUUUUGAUCAACUCAAAUGGAACCACCACAAACGACUCGGUGGCUCCAGCAGUGGCACCCGUCAACACCGCCAAAGACUGGUUCAUAACAGGUACAUCAAACACCCUUUUAUAAAAUUUCCCCCAUUCGUCGUUAGCAGCAAACUUGGUGGCUCUCUUAGGAGCCUCCAUCAAAAUGGGCGCACUGAUCCCUUUGUACAACCUGGAGAAUCCUUCUUCAGCAACAAUCUUCUUGAUACUCUGGAUGGUUCCUUUAUAGGCGUUGGUGGAAUCCAAUUGUUGUCUGGUUUUAACGACAUCCAAAGGAUACAUCACCAAGAUCUCUGAUACACCGGCGACGGCUCCAGAGAUGAAUUGGUAGAUGAAUGGUAAAGGUUUUUCUGACAUGGUUGUGGUAUGGACAAUCUAUAAACAAUUACCGUGAAUUGAACCAACAAAUUACAAGUUAAUUGUAAGCUUGAUAAAACUUUUGCUUUC